UACUGGGCUGGGCUAAGGCCACCAUGUGUCAGGAUGCCAACUAUCUAUCUAUCUAUCUAUCUAUCUACCUAUCUAUCUAUCUGUAAUAUAUAGCACAUUUUAUGAGGGGGUAAUUAAUUCCUUAGACCAAAAAAUGUGAGCAAUGUACAUGAUACUAAUAAACCCAGCAAAUAAACGUCUGUCAGUAUUAGUUUGUGCAGCUCCCCAUUCAGUUUGCUGUAAAGCCACUGGGGUAAAUGUCUUAAUGGUUUAGUCUGAGGAGGCUUUUUGUCUUAGUGGGUUUGUUGGUGGCCAUUAAGCCCUCUGACGGAUUAUCUCUCUCUGUCAUGCUGAAAUGAGCGUAAUUUGACCGGCUGGGCUUCCUACAUUCAGCUUUUACACUGCGAACAUUUUAACUCCUGCGAUGCUGAAUGGACCGAACCGGGAAAACACGGCGCUCUUCCUGAACUGUCGUUGUCGCCAUGGAGACCAACUCUGUGGACGGAAAUAGUGAUACCACUCAAGCUAGCAAGUUUGUGAAAAAUUAAUGCAACUGGUCAGUUCAGUUUUUCCCGUUCUCCCGUUCUCUCAGUUAUAUUUUACUGCCAAACAAAGUCUGGAGUCAAUCUGGGUUGCUGGAGUAAAAUAAAGGAAGAGAAGAAAAUGACACUUUGCCUGUAUGAGUGUCUGAGAGCGGUUGGACUACAACAUCACUAUGCGAGGUUUAACUCAGUGGGUGUUUGUCGUGCAUGCCACCUAUCAGCGCUGACCAUGGAGGACUACCCCCUCCUGGGAAUCCGCACUAUGCAGGACAGGACUAGACUUUUUAAUCUGGUCCAGCUGGUCAAAACUGUCGACCUGGACAGUCUUGGAUAUGAUGAUGGUGAUGAUUAUGAUUACAAUGUUGAUGGAAGUGAUGAAGGCUGUGCUGUAGCGGAUAGUAGCUUUAGUCAUGACAGCUGUGGAAAUCCUUAUGAAGAUGUAAGUGAGGAUGAGGAUGAAGGCAGAGCUGCUAGGACAGGACUGAAUUCAACCACUUUCACCAGACCAUCAUAUGUUCGCAGGCGACUUGAUUUCAGUAAUGAAACCGCUGAUCAUCAUCAGGAGCAAUUUUCUCAUCCUGUAAACACUGUUGAUGUCAGUUCAAGUCACAAUAGAAGCAAUAAGCCAGUCCAGGGAAGAGAAUCAGUCGUACCUGUGCAGUUCCAGCUUGAAGGUGGAAGAGCUAUGACGUGUGGCUGCCAUGGGAACAACUGCUACAAGCCAGAUGUGCAUCGUCAUCCAUCUGAUUGUCUUAAGGGUGAAAACACCAAGCUGGACAUCGCAAGAGGGAUUUCCAUGUACAGCAGUGACACCAGGUUACCGUCAUUUCACCAACCAAAACCCAGUGUUGAAACAGUGGCAUCAAAAACAUUUAACAACAAUCCAUUUGGGCACAAAGACAGAAAAGUAAUCUCGAGGAGGCCAAACUCCUACACAAAAAUGGGCAGUAAUGAAGUUACUGGACACAUGGCCAAGCCAGCUCCUGUUUAUGAAGCAAAGAGGACAGCCGGCUACAACUAUGGACUGCCGCUGAGUUCCCCUCAUGCUGUCAACAAAAAGCACACAGGGAAGCAGCGGAUUAGCGUAUGUGUGAGAAAAAGACCUCUAACACGUGCAGAGAGCAGAAGAGGAGAGGCAGAUGUUGUGACGACUCCAGGUGGAGAGUGUGUUACUGUGCAUGAAAGCAAAGAAUCUGUGGAUCUCACACAAUACAUACUGCAGCACAGGUUCUACUAUGACCAGGUUUUUGGGGAGGAAAGCUCCAAUGAAGACGUAUAUCGUAGAACAGCAUAUCCUCUGGUGCUGCACAUGCUCAGUGGGGGCAAGGCCACCUGCUUUGCAUACGGCCAGACAGGUGCAGGGAAGACUCACACAAUGUUGGGCUCAUCUCCCAGGAGACCAGGCUUGUAUGCACUGGCAGUUCGGGACAUUUUUGCUCACCUGGCCACCAGGCGCACUCAUUCCUCCCUGCAGGUGUAUGUCAGCUUCUUUGAGAUCUACUGUGGUCAGCUGUAUGACCUGUUGGACCACAGGAAAAGGUUAUUUGCCAGGGAGGAUGGACAGAAAGUAGUUCACAUUAUGGGGCUGCGUGAUGUCAGAGUGGACUCGGUCAGCUCGCUGCUGGAGGUAAUUUCACAGGGCUCAGAGGAGCGAACGCAGGGGAUGAGUGGUAUCAAUCCACUCUCCUCUCGUUCCCAUGCUUUGCUUCAGAUUCAGCUUAGAGACCAAAACCAGCAGAUAACUGGCAGGAUGUGGUUUGUGGACCUGGCAGGAAGUGAGAGAGCAUCAGAUGCCAAAGAACCAGACAGGCAGAGUCGUAUGGAGGGAGCUGAGAUCAACCAGAGUCUGUUGGCUCUUAAAGAAUGUAUCCGGUCCCUUGAUCAAGAGCAAUCGCACACACCUUUCAGACAAAGCAAACUGACUCAGGUUUUGAGAGACUCCUUUGUUGGUGAUUCAAUGACAUGCAUGAUUGCCAACAUUUCACCUGGUCACACAGCUACUGAACACACACUUAAUACACUGAGAUAUGCUGAUCGGUAAGUGUUUUGUGAUUGUAUGUGUGUGAGUAGGUAUAUUGGAAUGAAGUUGCUUGAAAUGCUAAGCCCUCUUGCUUUCAUUAAUUUGACUUAAGGAGAGUUUUUUCUUUUUAAAUCUCGCUCCCACUCUAUUGUAACUCUGGCUGUGGUGGCAAUGAUCACUGACUGCUAUUUUAGAUGUUAUGUGUACUUUAUUGCUUGUAGAGUGAAGGAGUUGAGGGGACAUGGAGGAAUAAGAGGAAGAAGAAGAGGCAAGGCAACACCCUCCCCCAAACAUAACCUGUUUGCCAGCAGCAGCAGUGGCAGUAGUUCCGGCAUCCGAGGGAAAAGCCCACCUAAAAAGCCAAAGUUAGGGAGGAACAACGAGGAUUUUGGUGUCAGUACACCUACUACAAGGUUGCCUGUAGGGGGCACAAUUCUCUGUUCUACACCAAAGAACAGAAGAUCUGGGAAGGAAACAAAUGCAAGUGCAAGAAAAGGAUUGGACUUGAACACAUCACACCAGUUGGAGGCUGGCUGAGAAUGGAUGAUAAAAAGCAAGAGAGUAAGGGAGCAGGUCAAACAGAAGGUAUGAGGACUGAAAAUAAAAGAUAUGCAGAUACUGGCAGUCACUCUGUUAGUGAGUUCCUUGCGAAGACAGGCCCAGUGUUCCAACAACCAAUAGAAAAGCAAGUUCACUCCAGGGAGAUGCAAAAGGAUGAAGUAGCCCACAGCAGUAAUGCCUCAUCUGGAUUCUACAACAGAGAAAACAAGAGCCAUCAAUACACUUUGAAAGGGGGAAGAAGGGAAGAAAGAGAAUGGAUAGAAAUAAAAAGACAAGCAGAAAACAGUAUUGCCACAAGUAGUGGAGUAGAAAAACUAAGGGGAAGAGAUUUGCAAAAGGUCGAUGAUAGUGAUAAGGAGAGGGCGAAGCAUCUAAGACGGUAUCACAAGCAGUUGCAGCAGUUUAUACCCUCAUCCACUUCUUCAUCUGCCCAUCUCUUUUCACCAUCUACAUCUUUGGCUUCCUCUGCUCAGCAGUCUCUCUCAUCUUCUGUUUCUCCAUCUUCUCUCCGACACUCAUCUCAUUUUUCAGUUUCUGCUUGUAUGGGUCCUCGUAUGAAGGAGGUUUUAAAUGCAUAUGCAGCCAAGGUUGAGGUUGAUGGUAAUAGAGCACAGCAGCCCUCUCCCAGCGGUGAGAUUCACUUACAGAGUGAAACCUCUGCAGUCUACAGUAACAAUGAUAAUGAGGAUGCUCAUAGUCACAGUGGUGGUAUUGGUGUAGACUGGAGAGUAUCUUGGGAAGGACAAUUUGGACUAGGCAGGGGUGAAAGUGAGAACAAGAGGUCGGUGGAGGCAACCGGUGAAACAAGACUAAGGAUGGACGACAGGAUGCCAGCUUGGAUAGAAGGGGGAAAAAGGAGGUAUGCGUGGCUGCCAACAACUGAGAGAGAGCCAGCAAAUAGGAUGACAGGUGCAAUUCCAACACAUGUAGAGGCACAGUCGUCUUACAGCUGCGAUUCAAAAGAAGUGGGAGUAGAACGACUCGAUGCCUCAGACGUCCUAGCUGAUGGAGGGUGGAGUACUGAGCAAGGAGCAGCUGACAGUUUAGUGUCUGCCCACAGCAACAGUGAUAGCAACAGCCUUUUUACCCACCCUGCUUUUGAGUCACUACAUCAGCGAUCUCCUGCAGAACGACCCCUCUCCCCAGUCUGCGAACACACCAGGACAUUCUUGACCCCAGACAAACUCAGUGAUGUAUCUCUAGACUUGAAAUGUGCUCAAUGCACUGCCAGCACCCUCCCUCUACCAUUGCAAAAUACUCCAGAGACAGUGCCAUCGAGCAGCCAUAGCAGUGAGACGGAACCAUGGUUUGCUGCUAAUGCCAACAGAAGGCAUUUUUCUCAUGCUCAGUCAGCUUCAUUACCUCUCACUUCUUCCAUCACGCAGAUCGAAUGGAAAACAACUUCUGAGCCCCUUAACAAGCUAUCUAGAAAUCUAUCUCACACUCCAGAUGUCAAAGGUAAAAUGUCUGUCUUACCUCAACAGGAGACUUAUGCAGAUUCUUGUAGCUCUUUCAUGGACCCCCUUAGCAUCUCCCUGCUUCAAGUGGACCAACAGGCUGCCACUGUCUCGUUCCUCCAAGGGGACAGCAGCAGCAUUUCAGUCACAAGUGGGGAAAAAAUUGGGGAGGAUGAAGACAGAGAAUUUCGCCUGUCAUUUUUGGAGCCACCACAAGGAAAGACUUGCUGUCCUACUACAUCUGACAUGCUGUCCUCUCUCCAGGACCAAGACAACAGUCAGAAACUCCAAAUAACACCAGCUCUUAGCAGCAAAGCCCCUGGAUCUCCAGUAAGACUCUCCACAUGUGCUUCUAUGCAAACUUCUGCCGUGUCUCCCUCUGCCGAAUGCGUUGGGAACACUGCUUCAGCCAGUUUACACAAUCUGAUGACAAAUGCUACACAAAUGCCACCAGAACAUGCACUUAUUGAGCACAAAAAAACAUUGUCUGCCAUUACAACACCACAAUUAGAACUUGCCUCUGGCCAGUUGGACAUAGUGCUAAACCAGCCUCUCGUGGUUCAUUCAAACCACUCCAGCAAGUCAAACAUUUCACUUCAACUGAACAAUUCUGCAAAGUCAAAUGGUCAUGGAAGAAUGAGCAAUCAAAUUAGACCCACCGUCCCUGUGUUUACGCUGGACGACUCAGACCGAGCCAAGUAAGUGCCAGAAUUCUCACUCUUUUGUUAAUCUAAUCAUCAAAAGUAAGUGCUACUGAAAAUCUGGUUCACGCAUUUUAAUCUUACAGCCAUAACAGUAAACAAUUCUUGUGUGUGUCAUAGUAAUGUAGUAAUCGCAAAUGAUUUCUACAUUUUUUCUGACCCUAUCAAACUGUAGGUUGUGUAUAGUCGAGGCCCACUGGGAGCAGCUAAAAGAGAUGGAGGCUUUAUUUCGUAAAGAAGGCAAGCUUCUGUGUCAGCAACUUGAUAUGACAUUUGGGGAAUACAUCCUCAAGCUGGAGGAAAUCAUGGAGAAAAAAGCUCGUUGUGUGCACAGCAUGAGAGCUCAGCUGCAGCCAUAUCUGAAUCCCAUUUAGCCUAACCACAGAGGAAGAGGCGAUCAUGAUCCGAUUAAUUUGAAUUUAUAAGUUAAUUAGCCAGAAUAUGCACAUUUUAAGGUACAAUUGGUACACUGACCAAAUUUUGGUUUGGGUAGGUAAAGCUGUUUGUGAGUGCACAACAUGUUUUCAGUGGCAACACUAACUACACAAUGGAUCAGACACAUUAAUAUUUAUGUUUUUAAUGUUUAAUCAACCAGUGUUUUAUUAGUUGAUUGGAGACUGGACAAGUAACACUUCAUGUAAGUGACAUCAGACAUGUAUUAUGCAAGGAUUCUCAUGGGAAACCUGCCAAAACAUGUUUUUCCAUGUUUACAAUAUUCUAAAAUAUUUUAAAGGGAUAAGUAUGUCUAUUUGUAUGUUUGCGCUUUCUGCAUAUUGUUGUUUAUGUUUGUUUUGUAGUAUUCUUUUUACAUGUUGACUCAGAUGCAUACUGAGCAACAUAUUCACAUAGUACUGGACCUUUGUACUGGACUCAAACGUUUCAGUUUCCCUGGUUUGACUCUUAAUUUAUGUUUUGAGUCAAUCUGCCACUGACUUCGUCUCAACAAAGGCGAGUCCAGCCUGUUAAUUUUCUGUUAGACUGCAUUCUUUACUGAAUCUACAGCAAGAACACACUGAACCAAUAUUUUGCUGACUUUUUUCAAAUUUAUAUUCAGGUUGUGACAGAGGGCCUAACUAACAAGAGGCAAAUUGAUUGGUGCUAUAUUUUAACGAUUUUUUGUGUGUUUUAAAACAUUCAUUUUUACAUGGUAAUCUUCACUUUUCAGCUAAUUCAUUUGGAUUUUAUAUUGAAAUAAAUUUGCUUUAUAACCACAUAAUCUGUUCUGUGGUGUGAGAUGUUUCUCUCUUUGAUUACAUAAUAUGAUGAUAUUUUCUCAGCAGAAAUGUGCACACAAAUGUUUCACCCAAGCUUGUCUCCUCAAAUGUCUUUCAAAUGUGUUUUUGGUUCGAACAAAAUAAAAUAAAAAAUUAUCAAAUUUCCAUUCAUCUCUAUAAUGACCCUACCAUAAUAUCCCUCUCUGUAGAAUUUGUUGAUGGACUGUUAUUGUGUAUAGUCUGAUCAAGCUGUGCGCUGCCAUUCUCAGUCACCGGAAAAGAGUUUCUCCUCUGUUUUUUCCUUAUAUAUUGCACUACAGUGCAAGCAUCAAAUAUGUGUUGUUGACUUCAGUUUUUAACACCAUUAACUGAUGUCAAUGCAGAUGUCAUUUCAUCCACUGUUUAUAAUAAAACACUACCCAGCUGA